UGAUCGAGUUUAUAGAUGAUGACCAGCAGUCACCACAGUCCACAAGUACAGCAAACUUUCAGGAACGAGAGGCACCAGCCAAGAGACUAGUGGCACACGCGGCUCGCCACUUUGCCAGCAGCUCACUCCAUGCCCAUGGCCUCCUCCUCGCCGUCCCCGGUGCUCCGUCACGUGGCCAUGCUCCCGUUCAUGGCCAAGGGCCACACCAUCCCGCUCCUCCACCUGGCCCGCGUCCUCCUCCGCCGGGGCCUCGCGUCGGCCGUCACCUUCCUCGCCACCCCGCGCGACGCUCCCUUCGUCCUCGCCGGCGCCCCCGGCGCGGCCGUCGUCGAGCUGCCGUUCCCCUCCUCUACGGCAGGCCCGCAGAGCAUGGACGAGCUCCCUUCCGGGUCCAGCUUCCUCGACGUCGUCUCCGCCGCCGCCGCGCUCGAGCCGGUGUUCGCGGACGCGCUGGCGGCGCUGGACCCGCGGCCGGACCUGCUCGUCCACGACGGGUUCCUCGCGUGGGCCGCCGACGCCGCCGACGACCUCGGCGUGCCGCGGCUGAUCUCGCUCGGCAUGGGCGCCUUCCCCUACUGUGUUUCACUCGCCGUCACGGCGCAGAAGCCGCACGCGCGAGUGAGCUCGCCGUCGGAGCCGUUCGAGGUCGACGGCCUGCCGGGGCUCCGGCUCACGAAGGCCGACCUGCACCCGCCGUUCGACGACCCGGAGCCGGCAGGCCGUCACUGGGACUUCAUCUGCGAGAGCGGCAGGGCAAUGGGCUCGAGCCGAGGUACCAUCCUCAACUCCUUCCAUGAGCUCGAGUCGUUCUACAUCGACAAGUGGAACCGCGAGAUGCCGCUCAACAAGAUGUGGCCGGUCGGUCCGCUCUGCCUUGCCAGUGAACCGGUCCGAACCUUGGAUUCCGAUACAGCCGACUGGCUUGAUGCAAGGCUCGCCAUGAACCGACCGGUUCUGUACGUGGCGUUCGGCUCGCAAGCCGAGCUGAGCCGGGCACAGCUAGAGGAGAUCGCAGCCGGCUUGGACCGGUCGGAUCUGGACUUCAUUUGGGUAGUUCGGUCCAAGUGGUUCGAUGGAGAGGAGCCGUUUCAAGGCAGGUUCCGUGGCAGGGGCAAAGUGGUCCAAGGCUUCAUCGACCAGCUCGGCAUUUUGAGCCAUCAAGCUAUCAAGGGCUUCUUCAGUCACUGCGGGUGGAACUCGGUGAUGGAAAGCAUCAGCAUGGGUGUGCCCAUCCUGACCUACCCGAUUGCCGCGGAGCAGAAGUUGAACGCCAAGUUCGUUGUCGACGUGCUUCAAGUCGGAAUCAGGAUCUGGCCGUCCAAAAGAGAGGACAGUGAGCAGCUUGUUUCAAGUGAUGACGUGGAGACUUUGGCGAGAGAGUUGGUCCUGGGAGAGGGAGGGGAACGUGCAGCUGCCAGAGCGAGUGAGCUCGCAGACUCAGCUAGAGCUGCAGUGGAGACGGGCGGGUCGUCGUUCGAAACUCUAGAGCUGAUGCUCCAUGAGGUGCGUGAGAUUGGAAGGCCUGAGGCUAAAGAGUGAUCCGUGGCGCGCGGCUUGCGGCUACGGCCUACGGUGCUAGCUAACGACGUACUGUACUCGUCAAAUUAAUGAAGUCAUUAGUGGGUCAAAUCAAAUGGGAUUGUUGGUAUCUUACGUAUUUGCCGUUUUAAAUCUAAGAAUUGAUGAUUUGUGAUCGAAUGUCCGUCGGUUCGAUGUACUAUAGGUCUAUUGGCCAAUAACGACGCGAGUUUGGAAUGCUGUGAAUGGCAGCGAAUGUUUUCGUAUUGUAAUUAUUAUUACAGCCAACUAGCUGCAUGCAGCUCCAAUUAA